AUUAUGGGAAAAGAAUUGAAAAGACAGGUGCAAAAUCCAAGUAGUAGUAGGGAAACUCGACUGCUCAUUCUUCAGGCCAUACAUAGAAGAGAAUAAUGUACAAAAUAAUAACAAAAAAGUGAGGGAGUGAGAGAGAGAUGGCAAAUCCAAGAAGGACAUCAUUUUCCCCUUCGGGUAACCACAACCACCCCCAACUCCCAAUCUCCACCGCCACAAACCCAUUUCAGAAUCAGAGCCAAAUCUCAACAUUGAUGAACUCACUCAAAUCUUUCCUAAAGAAACCCCAUGCUUUCCCUUUUCUGCUUUCUCUCUUCCUUUUCCUCACGUGGGUUUCCCUGAGAUUCCAACGUACUUCUACCCCUCAGAGAGAAGAGUGGCAUGCCAAGGUGCUUCAAUCUGCUGGAGAGUCGUUUCAAGAAGAUGAAAAAGCUAAUCUUGUUAGGUUCUCAGCUUCCUCUUCUGCUAUUGCCAAAGACAAACGUGGAUGGUUGCUCAACCCCAUUUCCCUAGCUCUUGAUUCAGGUGGGGCAGCAGGUUGUGCUUCAGUUCAUUUGGGUGAGAUCAGAUCUGGUGGUCUUAGAGGCAACCACAGACACCACACAUGCAAUGAGACAUUUGUUAUUUGGGGAGCUAAGACAGUAUUCCGGGUGGAAAAUGAUGCGGUAAAAAAAGGUUACGCGGAAGUAAUAAUUGGUGCAGAUGAAGUUGCUGUUGCAGUCAGCCCCCUUGGAACUGCUCAUGCUCUAGUAAAUGUUGAUCCUGUGCAAACUACUUACUUCAUGGGGUGCCAGGAUAGUAUAGUAAACUACAAUGGCUCAACAACUGACUUUAAUGUAUGGAAAGAUCUAUAGGUUUCCAUUGUUAUAUUCUCAUGGUUACUCCAAUAAGGUAACUGAAGUUUAAUGCGUCCACAUCGAGCUGGGCCUUUUCUUGCCAGGCUUUCAAGAUGAUGGUUUUAAAGGGUGUGAAUUAGUUUAGCUAGUGUAGAUCAGGAAACACUAGGUACAUAAGGCAUAUAUGUUAUUCACUGGCCUUCUUUUUUUUUUUUUUUGUUUUUGUGUGCUUUAUGACAAAAAGACGUAAGCUCAGGUAUAUCUCUACAGGGUACAGCUUGCCCGUCCUCUGCAGCCUUUACAUAUUGAAAGCAGUUUUCUGAAGUCUUGAAAUUUAGCAAAUGUGCAUGUUCAAAGAUUUUGCUCGUAUAUUAGUUGCAAUUUAAGCA